AUGAGGCUUACUCUCUGCGAAGAGAAUAAACACGAAACGCUAAAUAACAUGGUGACAUUAGAUGGCAAAGGGCUGAGUGCUAAGUAAGUGGCACAGACCGUGUAUGAUUUAAUUUCAGAGAGAGGGAGAAUACCUGGGUAGAUAUUUCAACCUAGCUAGAAUAGUUGUUUAGAGUGGGUGGAAGAUAAGGUGGCCAGGGAGCAGGCCAGGGUAAGAAGGCACCUUCUCAUUUGUUAAUGCUGCUUUCAGAGGUUGUUUUCAAAACUUUCAGUUUUCCUUUGGUCGGGUAAUGAUAAAUCAAUGCUUUCAGCAUUGUAAAUCACGCUACAGGGUGGACAUACAGGGAAAACCUGUUAUCUUAGAGACAGAGAAAAAAGACAAACAGAUUGUAAGCAGAGAUGACUGGGAUGGUGGAAAGCAGUAAUUUAGGAAAAGGGAUAAUAAUGCCUAACUUCUAUUGACCCCUUACACUGACAGGUACUUAUGCUUAACUGACAUGUGCUAUCUCAUUUAAUCCAAACAACCUCGCGUGAUAUAAAUGUAGUCAAACCUCCUCCUUCGCUCCAAGUGAAACCCAAAGCUUUGUAAGCGUGCAUAUCUGAUGAAAGAACUUGCCAAGUUUAAAUCCAGGCAAUGCUCUGGGGUGGGAGAUGCUAGUCCAUGAACUGCGAGGGUUUGGGCCUGUCUGGAUCCUGCUUUCCAAUCCUCAUAUACUCUACGUCAGGGAGGAACCCAAAGAGCAACUGAGAAGACACAAAUCCUCGGACGCGUUCAAGUCGAGGAACCUGUGGGGCCAGUGCGUCCAAGGCGCGGACAGGGAGGGGCUCCUACAAGAAACGAAGCAAGGGUUAGCCUGAGACAGCUGGGGUCAUGGAGCCUCUCCUGGCUUCCUCGGGCCACCCUAAUGACAGAGUCCGUGGUAGGUUGCGAGCGGGAGCAGACUCGGGGCGGGAGUCUUCCCUGGGUCCUGUAUUUGCCUAUAAAUACUUCAAAUAGUUAAAUGAAAAGAGCAGCCUUUGAAAGCUGGAGAGGAAGCUCUUGGGAGGUCCCCCGGCCCGCCUGGAAGUGCAGGCAGAAAAGAGGAGAAAUGGCUGGCGAGUCCUUAGCGCGGGAGACGAGGAACAGCCCUGCCCAGUCCAGACAGGGGGCCGCCGCGCGAGGGGCGCGAUUCCGGAAGAUUCAAACCGUUAAGGUGACCAGAACAAUUUGAAAAAAGGAAACAAACUUCCUCCCGAGUCUUGCCCGCGGGGCCCCGAGGCGGGCCUUUGCAUUCGAAAGGGCAUUUUUCAAAAGAAGGUUUCAGGGACGCGGGAGUAUCGGCCCGCUGGGAAGCGCGCCGCAGGAGCAGUGCCGCAGAGCGGCCACCAGCCGGCUUUGUACUUGGCGGCCGCCGCGGCCCCAGAGUUUCGACCGCAGCCGGGCAGUUGAGGCCACGCCCCCUUUGCAGAGAGGACUGCAAGCGCUGAUUGGCCCUCCACCGGCCAAUGGGCGCGCCGGGGCGGCCCGGGCUGUCAGCGCGCGCCGCAGCCGCGCCGGCCGCAGCCUGUCCUCCCCUGCUCGGAGCCCCGCAGCCAGCGCAGCCUUCCCGGGAAGCGGGGCCGCCGCUCGCGAGCGCAGCCCUGCCCAGCCCGCCAGCCGCGCGUCCGGGUGCCCGCGCCCCACGGCCACAGCCUUGCUGCGCUUUAGCUCACAGAGCAUGUGCAGACCUGCUGGCGCUAAGGUGCUAUCUGUCCGGGGGACUUCUAACCAGCGGUGACUGUCACGCCUAGAGAGACCUUUCGGGGGCUGUCGCCGCGCCUCUGCGUCGCGGGUGACACUGCGGUGCUCGAGAUCGGGGCAGCAACUGCCUCUUGGUGGAGGCAUUUUGGGCUCCGUGCGUCCUCCCUCUCCUUCCUCCUCGGCUCGCUCCUUGCCUCCCACCGCUGCUGGCUCCUACCCUCGGCCGCUGACACCCGCAACCUCCUGGAGCUGGAGGCGUCCGUCCCCGCGGUUCCUCUUCCAAAGGGGCCUCCUCACUUCGGAGAUGCAGUGACAAGUUAAUAUGGGCGUCCAAGCCUCGGCUUCCCAGGAGGAGAAUCGCAAGAGGGAACAGCCCCUGAACGCCCAGAUCCCUUGAACAGGCCGCCCAAGAGGGGCGUGAAACCCGGCUGCAGCAUCCGUCCAGGUGGGACCUGCUGAGCUCCGCAACCAGUCCUCUGCUCCAUCCCGCAGGCGCGCUUGCGGGUUUGCUGCUAGCUCCCCGACCCGGGGAUUUUUUUUUUUUCCCCCUCCGCUGGUGGUGGGCGCCUAGUGGGCCGAGGCCCGGCGCCUGCUCUGCUACCCGCGCUGCCUUUAGCGGUCGCCUCCGCCGCCGCUGCCAGGGACGUGCUGGGAAAGCCGAAGCCCCGGGAGAAGAUGCCGGCCAUCCUGGUCGCCUCCAAAAUGAAGUCGGGACUGCCCAAACCCGUGCACAGCGCCGCGCCCAUCCUGCACGUGCCCCCAGCCCGGACCGGCCCCCAGCCUUGCUACCUCAAGUUGGGAAGCAAGGUGGAGGUGAGCAAGACUGCCUACCCCAGCCAGAUCCCCCUGAAAUCCCAGGGACUGCAGGAGUCGGCGGGGGAGGGGCUCCCGCUGCGGAAGAGCGGCUCGGUGGAAAACGGGUUCGAUACCCAGAUCUAUACGGACUGGGCCAAUCACUACUUAGCCAAAUCGGGCCACAAACGUCUCAUCAAGGACCUCCAGCAAGAUGUGACGGACGGCGUCCUCCUGGCUCAGAUCAUCCAGGUUGUGGCAAAUGAGAAGAUUGAAGACAUCAAUGGCUGUCCGAAGAACAGAUCGCAAAUGAUUGAAAACAUAGAUGCCUGCUUGAAUUUCCUGGCAGCGAAGGGAAUAAACAUCCAGGGGCUGUCUGCAGAAGAAAUCAGGAAUGGCAACCUCAAGGCCAUCCUAGGCCUCUUCUUCAGCCUCUCCCGCUACAAGCAGCAGCAGCAGCAGCCCCAGAAGCAGCAUCUCUCUGUGCCGCCACCGCCCGCUGUGGCCCAGGCGGCCGGGGCCCCCUCCCAGUGCCAGGCUGGCAGCCCUCAGCUACAGGGGCCGGCUACCCCCCAAGCCCCGGGCCAGCCUCUCCAGCCGGCGACACAUCAGCAGUCAAAAGCGCAAGCCGAGAUGCAGUCCAGUGCGUCAUCCAAGGACUCAUCUCAAAGCAAAAUCAUCCGCUUCACUCUGGGUCAGAAAAAGAUUUCUAGACUUCCAGGUCCCACUGCAAGGGUAUCCGCUGCAGGCAGCGAAGCCAAAACACGUGGAGGGUCAGCCACUGCUAACAACCGACGCAGCCAGAGCUUUAACAACUAUGACAAGUCCAAGCCUGUCACCUCCCCGCUUCCACCACCACCACCAAACAGCCAUGAGAAAGAGCCAUUGGCGAGCCCCGCCUCCACCCACCCCGGAAUGAGCGAAAAUGCACCUGCUUCUCUGGAGAGCGGCAGCAGUCCCAGCCCUGCUAACAGCAGCGCAUCCUCGGCCAUCCCACAGCCCGGUGCCGCCUCCAAGCCCUGGCGCAGUAAGUCGGUCAGCGUGAAGCACAGCGUCACGGCGUCCGUGCUCUCGGUCAAACAGCCCGUGCCCGAGACCCCCAGGCCCGCCCCCGAAGCCAUGAAGCCGGCCCCCAAUAAUCAGAAGUCCAUGCUGGAAAAACUCAAGCUUUUCAACAGCAAAGGGGCUUCCAAAGCAGGCGAGGGCCCUGGGUCGCGGGACACAAGCUGCGAGCGGCUGGAGAUUCUGCCCAGCUUUGAGGAGAGCGAAGAGACGGAGGUCACCGCACGCUCGCUGUCCACGGUGGGUCCCGCUUCCAACAGCCCCAAGAUUGCGCUCAAGGGCAUCGCCCAGAGGACUUUCAGCCGGGCGCUGACCAACAAGAAGAGCUCCCCGAAAGGCAACGAGAAAGAGAAGGAGAAACAGCAGCGGGAGAAGGAGAAGGAGAAAAGCAAGGACCUCGCCAAGAGAGCCUCUAUGACAGAAAGGCCGGACCUCAAAGAGGGGCCGAAAGAAGACCCCAGUGGGCCGGUGGUGACUGAGAUGCCAAAAAAGUCCUCCAAGAUUGCCAGCUUCAUCCCCAAAGGGGGAAAGCUCAACAGUGCCAAGAAGGAGGCUCCGGCCCCUUCCCACAGUGGAAUACCAAAACCAGGGAUGAAGAGCAUGCCCGGGAAAUCCCCAAGUGCCCCUGCCCCUUCCAAGGAGGUGGAGCGGAGCCGGGGUGGGAAGCCGAGCUCAGGGCUCCCCCAGCAGAAGCCCCAGCUAGACGGCAGACACUCCAGUUCCUCCUCCAGCCUGGCGUCCUCAGAAGGCAAAGGCCCUGGAGGGACCACCCUGAACCACAGCAUCAGCAGCCAGACUGUCAGCGGGUCCAUCGGGACCACCCAGACCACGGGAAGCAAUACCGUCAGUGUCCAGCUACCUCAGCCCCAGCAGCAAUACAGCCACCCCAAUACCGCCACCGUUGCGCCUUUCCUGUACAGGUCCCAGACAGACACCGAAGGGAAUGUUACUGCUGAAUCCAGCUCCGCGAGUGUGAGCAUGGAACCCAGCCACUACACCAAGAGUGGACAGCCUGCUCUGCAAGAACUCACUGGGGAAGACCCCGAGGCCCGGCGACUGCGGACCGUGAAGAACAUCGCCGACCUGCGGCAGAAUUUGGAGGAGACCAUGUCUAGUUUACGGGGGACUCAGGUCACACACAGCACAUUGGAGACCACAUUUGACACCAACGUCACCACAGAGAUAAGCGGGCGCAGUAUCCUCAGCUUGACUAGCAGACCCACUCCCCUGUCCUGGAGACUUGGCCAGGCCAGCCCUCGGCUCCAAGCAGGAGACGCCCCCUCUAUGGGCAAUGGGUACCCACCUCGAGCCAAUGCCAGCCGCUUCAUCAACACCGAGUCGGGCCGCUACGUGUACUCUGCCCCCCUGAGGAGGCAGCUGGCCUCCAGGGGAAGCAGCGUGUGCCACGUGGACGUCUCAGACAAGGCAGGAGACGAGAUGGACCUGGAAGGCAUCAGCAUGGACGCCCCCGGCUACAUGAGUGACGGCGAUGUUCUGAGCAAGAACAUCCGGACGGAUGACAUCACGAGCGGGUACAUGACCGAUGGCGGACUUGGCCUCUACACUCGUCGCCUGAAUCGGCUGCCCGAUGGCAUGGCAGUGGUGCGGGAGACCCUGCAAAGAAAUACGUCCCUGGGCCUCGGCGAUGCUGACAGCAGCUGGGAUGACAGCAGCUCCGUCAGCAGUGGGAUCAGUGACACCAUAGACAACCUCAGCACCGAUGACAUCAACACCAGCUCCUCCAUCAGUUCCUACGCCAACACACCUGCCUCCUCUAGAAAAAACCUGGAUGUGCAGACCGACGCUGAGAAGCAUUCCCAGGUGGAGAGGGGGUCCCUGUGGUCGGGCGAUGACGUCAAGAAGUCCGACGGAGGCUCCGACAGCGGCAUAAAGAUGGAACCCGGGUCCAAGUGGAGGCGGAAUCCCUCGGACGUGUCGGACGAGUCUGACAAAAGCACUUCGGGCAAGAAGAGUUCGGUCAUCUCGCAGACGGGCUCGUGGCGCCGAGGCAUGACUGCGCAGGUGGGCGUCACCAUGCCGAGGACGAAGGCAGCUGCCCCAGCGGGCGCGCUCAAGACCCCCGGAACCGGAAAAACAGAUGAUGCAAAGGUGUCUGAGAAAGGAAGGCUGUCUCCCAAAGCUUCCCAGGUGAAGCGGUCCCCGUCAGACGCAGGCCGCAGCAGUGGCGACGAGUCCAAAAAGCCCCUCUCCAGCAGUUCCAGGACCCCCACUGCCAAUGCCAACAGUUUUGGGUUCAAGAAGCAGAGCGGCUCAGCUGCUGGGCUGGCCAUGAUCACAGCCAGCGGGGCUACGGUCACCAGCAGGUCAGCCACACUGGGCAAGAUCCCCAAGUCAUCUGCACUCGUCAGCCGGUCCACCGGCCGGAAGACGAGCAUGGAUGGGCCUCAGAACCAGGACGAUGGGUAUCUGGCUCUCAGCUCCCGGACCAACUUGCAGUACCGGAGUUUGCCAAGGCCCAGUAAGUCCACCAGCCGCAAUGGGGCUGGGAACAGGUCUAGCACCAGCAGCAUCGAUUCCAACAUCAGCAGUAAGUCUGCGGGCCUGCCAGUGCCCAAGCUGAGGGAGCCUUCCAAAACGGCUCUGGGCAGCUCUCUGCCGGGCCUGGUCAACCAGACCGAUAAGGAGAAAGGCAUCUCCUCCGACAACGAGAGCGUGGCUUCCUGUAACUCAGUGAAAGUGAACCCAGCUGCCCAGCCUGUGUCCAGUGCGGCGCAGGCGACCCUCCAGCCGGGAGCCAAGUACCCCGACGUGGCCUCUCCCACGCUCCGCAGACUCUUUGGUGGGAAGCCUACCAAGCAAGUGCCCAUUGCCACAGCAGACACCAUGAAAAACUCAGUGGUGAUCUCCAAUCCUCAUGCCACCUCGGCCCAGCAAGGUAACUUAGAGUCCCCCUCGGGCAGUGGCGUCCUGAGCAGCGGAAGCAGCAGUCCUCUCUACAGCAAAAAUCUGGAUAUCAACCAGUCUCCUCUAGCCUCCAGCCCCAGCUCAGCCCACUCGGGCCCUUCCAACAGCCUCACCUGGGGCACCAAUGCCAGCAGCUCGUCCGCGCUCAGCAAGGACGGCCUGGGCUUCCAGUCGGUCAGCAGCCUCCAUACCAGCUGCGAGUCCAUUGACAUCUCCCUCAGCAGCGGAGGGGGGCUGAGUCACAAUUCCUCCACGGGCCUCAUCACCUCCUCUAAGGACGACUCCCUGACUCCCUUCGUCAGAACCAACAGCGUGAAGACCACGCUGUCGGAGAGCCCUCUCUCUUCCCCUGCUGCUAGCCCUAAGUUCUGCAGAAGUACUCUGCCCAGGAAACAGGACAGUGACCCGCACCUUGAUAGGAACACUUUGCCUAAAAAAGGACUCAGGUAUACUCCCACCUCCCAGCUUCGCACCCAAGAAGACGCAAAAGAAUGGUUACGGUCCCACUCUGCAGGAGGCCUGCAGGACCCUGCUGCCAAUUCCCCGUUCUCCUCUGGCUCCAGCGUCACGUCUCCCUCGGGAACGAGAUUCAACUUCUCCCAGCUUGCGAGUCCCACCACCGUUACUCAGAUGAGCUUGUCCAACCCAACCAUGCUGAGGACCCACAGCCUCUCCAAUGCCGACGGGCAGUAUGACCCGUACACUGAUAGCCGAUUCCGGAAUAGCUCCGUGUCCCUGGACGAGAAGAGCAGAACCAUGAGCCGCUCGGGCUCCUUCCGGGAUGGAUUUGAAGAAGUUCACGGAUCCUCACUGUCCUUGGUUUCCAGCACGUCAUCAAUUUAUUCUACACCCGAAGAAAAGUGCCAGUCGGAGAUUCGCAAACUGCGGCGGGAGCUGGAUGCCUCGCAGGAGAAGGUUUCAGCUUUGACCACGCAGCUGACCGCAAAUGCCCAUCUGGUGGCAGCCUUUGAACAGAGUCUUGGGAACAUGACCAUCAGGCUCCAGAGUCUGACCAUGACGGCUGAGCAAAAGGACUCAGAACUGAAUGAGUUAAGGAAAACCAUCGAGCUGCUCAAGAAACAGAACGCAGCUGCCCAGGCUGCCAUUAAUGGGGUCAUUAACACGCCAGAGCUCAACUGCAAAGGAAACGGCACCUCACAGUCGGCAGACCUCCGUAUCCGCAGACAACACUCCUCGGACAGCGUGUCCAGCAUCAACAGUGCCACCAGCCACUCCAGCGUGGGCAGCAACGUAGAGAGUGAUUCCAAGAAAAAGAAGAGAAAGAAUUGGUUACGCAGCUCCUUCAAGCAAGCCUUUGGGAAGAAGAAGUCCCCCAAGUCCGCAUCCUCUCAUUCUGACAUCGAGGAGAUGACCGAUUCCUCAUUGCCUUCCUCACCCAAGUUACCGCACAACGGGUCCACGGGUUCCACGCCACUGCUAAGGGGCUCCCACUCCAACUCCCUCAUUUCAGAGUGCAUCGAUAGUGAAGCCGAGACGGUCAUGCAGCUCCGAAAUGAGCUGAGAGACAAGGAGAUGAAGCUGACGGACAUCCGCCUAGAAGCCCUCAGCUCCGCACACCAGCUCGACCAGCUCCGGGAGGCCAUGAACAGGAUGCAGAGUGAAAUAGAGAAGCUGAAAGCUGAGAACGACCGCCUGAAGUCCGAGUCUCAAGGCAGUGGCUGCAGCCGGGCACCCUCCCAGGUGUCCCUCUCGGCCUCCCCUAGGCAGUCCAUGGGCCUCUCCCAGCACAGCUUGAACCUCACGGAGUCAACCAGCCUGGACAUGUUGCUGGAUGACACUGGUGAAUGCUCGGCUCGGAAGGAAGGAGGCAGGCAUGUUAAGAUAGUUGUCAGCUUUCAGGAGGAAAUGAAGUGGAAGGAGGAUUCCAGACCACACCUCUUUCUUAUUGGCUGCAUUGGAGUUAGUGGCAAGACGAAGUGGGAUGUGCUCGAUGGGGUGGUUAGACGACUGUUCAAAGAAUACAUCAUCCACGUCGACCCUGUGAGUCAGCUGGGGCUGAAUUCAGACAGUGUUCUGGGCUACAGCAUUGGGGAAAUCAAGCGCAGCAACACCUCGGAGACCCCCGAGCUGCUUCCCUGUGGCUAUCUGGUCGGCGAGAACACGACCAUCUCUGUGACCGUCAAAGGGCUCGCAGAGAACAGCCUGGACGCGCUGGUGUUCGAGUCCCUGAUCCCCAAGCCCAUCCUGCAGCGCUAUGUGUCCCUGCUGGUGGAGCACCGGCGCAUCAUCCUCUCCGGCCCCAGCGGCACCGGGAAGACCUACCUGGCCAACCGGCUGUCUGAGUACCUCGUGCUGCGGGAGGGCCGGGAGCUGACCGACGGCGUCAUCGCCACCUUCAACGUGGACCACAAGUCCAGCAAGGAAUUGCGCCAGUACCUGUCCAACCUUGCCGACCAGUGCGGCAGCGAGAACAGCGCUGGGGACAUGCCCCUCGUCAUCAUCCUGGACAACCUGCACCACGUCAGCUCCCUGGGCGAGAUCUUCAACGGGCUGCUCAACUGCAAGGACCAGAAAUGCCCUUACAUAAUCGGCACCAUGAACCAGGCUACCUCUUCUACUCCCAAUCUGCAGCUUCAUCACAACUUCAGGUGGGUGCUUUGUGCCAACCACACGGAGCCGGUGAAGGGCUUCCUAGGCCGGUUCCUGAGGCGGAAGCUCAUGGAAACAGAGAUCAGUGGGCGAGUGCGGAAUGUGGAGCUGGUAAAAAUCAUCGACUGGAUUCCCAAGGUCUGGCAUCACCUCAACCGCUUCCUGGAGGCUCACAGCUCCUCAGACGUCACCAUAGGCCCGCGGCUCUUCCUAUCCUGCCCCAUCGACGUGGAUGGCUCCAGAGUGUGGUUCACCGACUUGUGGAACUACUCGAUUAUCCCCUAUCUCCUGGAAGCCGUCCGAGAAGGACUCCAGCUCUAUGGAAGGCGGGCCCCUUGGGAGGACCCCGCCAAGUGGGUGAUGGACACCUACCCCUGGGCAGCCAGCCCACAGCAGCACGAGUGGCCUCCCCUGCUGCAGCUCCGGCCUGAGGAUGUUGGCUUCGACGGCUACUCCAUGCCUCGGGAAGGGUCUGCGAGCAAGCAGUUGCCCCCCAGCGACGCCGAAGGAGACCCACUGAUGAACAUGCUGAUGAGGCUGCAGGAGGCGGCCAACUACUCCAGCCCCCAGAGCUACGACAGCGACUCGAACAGCAACAGCCAUCAGGAUGACAUCCUCGACUCGUCCCUAGAGUCUACUCUGUGACAGGGGCCAGCCAUGGAGCCUGCCUGCCUCUCCCCUCCGUGCCCCGCUCCAUGCGCGUCCCCUGCACCCCCUGAAGAUGCCCUCCUGAGCCAGCCCCCCGGCCGCAGCGUGAGAGCCGCAGGGAUACCCAGACCCCUCGUCCUCCAGCCUCGACUUGGGUGCGGGCCUCCCGGGCCAGCCGCCUUGGCACCGCUGCCUUCCACAGUGACACCUGCACUAUCUCAUCGUUUAUUUUCAUUAUCGUUUGCCUUGUUGCCGUGACCUCCCUAAGACACUGAAGUUACUUCUCGGGAAAGGAUCAUCACCGUUGAAAUGGAAAGGUUUAUAAAGAAACACACACACACACACACACACAAACCAAGAACCCACUUGGAAGCUCUGAAACCCAACAGCAUCGUGCUGCGAGCUGCCCAGAGCAGAGAGACUGGAGCCAAGCUGGAAAUGCGGGCAACACAGCUGCCCCUCCACACCGACCCCCUGGCUGGGUCUUGCCGUGGGCGCCCGCCUCUGCCUCCCCGCCUUCCCCGCGGCGGGCCACGGAGAGAGCUGGUGCUAAGAGCACGGGCGCGGCCCGGUCCCACUCAGCAGAGCGCAGAGCACGGCGAGGGGACACCUUAGGCAAACGCGAAGCCCGCUUGCUGUUUUGUUUGGCUUUUUAAAUGGUGCUCUCCUUCCCCGAGGGGUAUUUUUGCCUGUUCCCAUUCAGCCACACCUCCCAGACCCGGCAGCCUCCGGUCGGUCCGAGCGUGAGUGGAACGUGCAGGAGCGGAUGGGACCACGGCGCGGACAGCGCGCGCGUGUCUGCGCCCUCCUCCUCCUGUCUCCGUGAAUCAGGUUUUUCUUUCUGCAAACACUGUGGCCGGUGAGAAUGGGUCUGUUUUGAACUGGUUACCCCCUUGCAAAUGAGGUUUGAGUUUCCCCGCCCUCUUCUAACUCUUUGAUUUUGAAGAUUUUCCUCCCCGCCCCCCCCCCAACCUUUGGUCAGAAUCAGUCCUUUGGUGAAAGAAAGAACCGCAGGAGUUGAGUUUCGGUUUGGUCCUGCUGAGUUCUGGUUGUUUGGUUGUCCAUCCCCACGGGUUUACACCUCGCCCGGCCCUGCUGGGGCCGGGGGUGGGCGUGUCCUUUCUAGGAGGACCAGGACCCCAUCCUCCACGCGCCGGUGAGCCGGGACCUUGCCUUUUCUUCUUGUCCUCGAGGCUUCAGAACGCACAUCGACACCUCAGGCGUGCCAGCCCCAACCUCAGGUGGGGUGCUGAGGUCACCUCGCACAAGACUUGCACUUUCCUCAGAACCAACAUGACGCAACUCCACAAGGGGCCGGCGGCCGCUCCCUUCCAGAAGCCCCGGCCUCCGUCCAGACGAGUCUUGCCUGACCUCUUCGGUGCUGACCUUCCCAAAGCGAUGCCUUACUGGUUUUGUACUAACCGUGUUCAUUUACGAGUGUUGUGCCUGCCUGGGGUCCAUUAUUCUUUUUCUUGUUUUCCCCAUCAGAGCAAACAGGGCUAAAAAGUCAUCCACUCAUUAGGAGGACUCAAGUUGCUGUGACUUUUCUCAUCCAGAAGACUCAUCUGUGUGGAUGCGUGACCAUGGGUAAAAGAAAAAAGGAAGAAAAAAAAAAAGAUGCUUUUUUUUUUUUUUUUUAAGAUUCUUAUCAGUCUCCAACUAACACUCUGCCUGGACAGUGAUCUGUCUGAUGCAGGAAAAGGCAAAAGUUCCAAGUCCUCAUGACAUUGCCGAUACACACCCUACUAGGAUGUGUCUUCAACAUAUUGGUAUUUCCUUUACAGAGAGUGGUAUAUCUGUACAUUGUUAGUUUAUGCUUUAUGAAGAGAAUCUCUAUCAGGCCCCGGUGGGGGUGUCUCCGUUAACGAUCAGGGUUUUUAUUCCACCUUUCACACUUUCUAUUUCUGAAGGUCUGUCUCUGUACAUUUUCUUCUCAUUUUCUUACCACAAGAACUUGACCUGAAACUGCUCGCAUGACAUUGGAUGAUACCACUUUCUUCCUCCUUAGAGGAAAAGGAGAAUGUGUCCCCUUAGCUAGUGAAUGGAAAAGCUCUCCGUGCUGUCCUUGCUCUCAUCUGCGUAAACUCAGACUCUCUUGUGCGCAACCUUCGUUAGCCAUCCGGGUGUGUGAGUGUGUCUUGUUCUGUUCUGGCGUUCUUUUUUUUUUUUUUUUUUUUUUUUUUCUCCCCCAUAAAAACUUCAAACCAUGAAUUUAGCCUGUGACCACGGGCCACACCCUAAGCCUUCUGGUAAACCUGAAGAGUGGUCCUUCUCAAUCUGUUUCCCAACGAUGACCUUACACGCUCAUACUGUGAAUUUGGGAGGAGAUAAAAUGGACUUCUCCUUGGGGGCAGUUUUCCCAGUCACCUUGUGAGUAGACACCUGCUCAUAUUGUUUGAAACCUUCCUCCUUUUUUCUCACCUUCUCUGUCUUCUCCCCUCUACUCCAGACUUCCCUUCCCGCUGGGUCCAGGUUCAGAACCGAGACCUCUGUCCCUGGUGCUACCUGGCUAAGGACCGGUGAUUUCAAGUAGGGUAGCCCUUGUGGGAUUCACAACUCCGUGUCCUUCCUAAAGUUUCGGGAAGCAGGGUUGUCUGAUAUGCACAUUUCUAAUUUUGGUCAUGUUUUACUUUAGUGUCACUCACCUUUGACAAAGUGACUUUGUACUCAUUUAGGGCUCUGUCCGAAAUGCUUCCAGUUUGCCUUUUUCUACAGUUAGGCUAAUUUUGAAAUGUAUGAAAUUCUAUGCAACAUUUAUGUUGAGUUACCAAUGGAAGCCAAAAGUCUUCUUCCCAAACUGCCAAGAAUUCUACAGGCCAUAAAUGAGAUGGGAAUAUCUUUUAAUUUAAGUUUGGGGGUGGGGGAGGGGUAGGACAAGGAAUGAGACUUGCCUAGACCUUUGUUGUGUCUUGGGGACAUUUUUUAUUUCACUGUCGAUGCUUCAACUUCGAAAUUCUGUGGACUCAAAUUUGAUCGUGGCGAAUCUACUUCAAAAGGAAAAGAAUCCAACUUCGUGGAUAUUAAAUGGAAGGUUUGCUGUUUUAAUCUAGUUGUUUCCAGUGGAGCAGUUGAUGAAAUAUGUCCUAUAAGAUGUACAUUUUUUCAUUGUAACAUAGAAAUUGUAAAUAAUCGAUUAAAGUGCUGCAUUUUGAUGAAUUUUUUCUAGCCAUUUUUAAAGAGAAAACUAGGAAUUGAGUAUUUUGUGUACGGUAUGUUUCCUUCCUCUUUCCCUCCCGGCCUCUCCCUAUUUAAUUUUCAUUUGUCAUGAGGUUUUUGGAUUUGCCAAUGAUCUACUGGAGAUCACGCCCCCACGUCAUAGAGAAUAAAGCCGAUGAUUGUACCAGUCUUAAAUUAUUCAUGAUUCAAUAAAAUUGAUGCUUAUUUAUUCA